UCCAGUUUCCAAUUGUCUUUUUCAUUGGAUGCAGCUCGCGCUCGUGAAAGAAGAAACAGAAUCAGAAAACAGGAGUAACUUACGUUUGCACUAUAUUCAAGUCGGUUGUUAGAGUCAGAGAGUGAGACUGGGAACUCGAACUGAAAAGAGAAAUGAAAUGAUACCCCAGUGAAUAACAGGAAAAAAGGGGACGACGAACACGAAGUAGUAACCUUCCGAGCUGUUGCGCUUUUCCUCGUUUAUUCAUACAAAAUUGCCACCUAUCGAUAUAAUUUCUUAUUUAUCAGUGAAAAGUGAAUGAAAAUAAUUGAAAUCAUCAAUAAAAUCCACGUACGAAAGUGCUGAAUGUAUCAUAAACGGGUUGUGUUUAAUUUUUAAUAAAUAAGAACAAAAAAAAAGGAAAAAGCCAAGUGAAAAACGAAACGGGUUCUUCUCUCUCGCUUCGGCUAAUGCACAUCCCGUCCAAAAGUGACACAUCAAAAGUGAGAUAAAACAUUACUUGUUUUUUAUUUCUCGUUCGUUCGUUUCGUCUUUCGUCUAAUCGUCGUCUUCGUCUGUUGCUGUUCUGCGUUCCGUUCAUCGUUUCUCUUUCUGUUUCUCCUGCUACGGCUACUGCUACGUCUGACGUCUCGAAUCUCGGAACUCGGACUCGGAUCCACUCGACUCGACGUACACAGAAAUUCUUUUACGCUGAUUUCAUGUCGUCGUCGUUUCUCGUUUCUGUUUCUGUUUGUCUCGUGUCCAGUUCUCGUUUUUAUUCGCCAGGAGCACAGUUCGCGAUUUCAAAUCUAAAAUAAUAAUAAAUUAUAUUCGUGUCUCUGGUUUUUUAGAGCUAUUUUGGUCAAAUACAAAAAUAUACAAAAACGUAGACUUGGAACGAAGAAUAUUGGAAGUUGGAAGUUUUGCUACAUCUGCUGCCGUUGUUGUUGACGUCGCUUAAAGUGUCGCUGCCCGCUGCCGCUGCCUUGUUUCUGUUUACAUUGAAAUUGAAAAAAUAAAAUGUUGCCAGUCGCCUCCGCAAGUGAAUUAUUAACUUUAACUAACAAUUUGGCUUAAAAUAUCAAAUUCUAAAUCAGCUGUGAUCUGUCUCUCCGUGAAAAAGUGGUGUGAAAAGAAAAAAUUGGUUUGUGAACGAAUAUUUAUGCGAUAUAAAUAUUAAAAACGCCGGAAUUCCAUCAUCAAUUUGGCCACAUAUUAUAUGCUUCGACUUCUCUUGGUCUAGAGAAGAAUAUUUUCCGAUCGAAAGUGCAAAACGGAAGGGCGAGAAUCCGAGGAUUCAAGAAUCGUGUCGGUUACCAAUAAUUGUCGUCCAUGGUCAUCGCAUUGCCAACGGCGUCGCCUCGAUAUUCUAUUUUGUUACAAAUUGUUUUGUAAUUUUUGGAUUACUUUUUAUUAUUUUUUCUUUGUAUUAACUCGUUUAGUGCGCAGAAAUUCGCACUUAACAGCGAAUGCUUAAAUGGAUGCAACAUCAAUAAUAACCCAAGUCGCACGUGAUGAUGAACAGCUAAACGUCUAUGCAAAUGAAAAAGAUGACGUUGACCGAUUAAAACCUCCUAAGCGUGGAUUCUUCCAAUCAAUAUUGUGCUGUUGGCGACGCAAUCGAACGAAAACCAAUCAAAAUGGCACACCGAUCGAUGGAUCAACAACACCGCCACCAUUACCGGACCAACAAAGGUACCUACUACCUCAAGUUAGGCAUUCGGAUAUGCAUAAAAAAUGCAUGGUCAUCGAUUUGGACGAAACCUUAGUUCAUAGUAGUUUUAAGCCAAUUCCCAAUGCAGAUUUUAUAGUACCGGUAGAAAUAGAUGGAACUAUCCACCAGGUGUACGUUUUGAAACGCCCCCAUGUCGAUGAAUUCCUUCGGAAAAUGGGUGAACUUUACGAGUGUGUAUUGUUCACAGCAUCACUAGCCAAAUAUGCAGAUCCUGUUGCAGAUCUGUUAGAUAAAUGGAAUGUGUUUCGUGCAAGACUGUUUAGGGAAUCAUGUGUUUAUUAUCGAGGAAAUUAUAUUAAGGAUCUUAAUCGACUAGGACGUGAUUUACAAAAGAUUGUUAUAGUUGAUAAUUCACCAGCUAGUUAUAUAUUUCAUCCAGAUAAUGCGGUUCCUGUAAAGUCGUGGUUCGACGAUGUCACUGACUGUGAACUCCUGGAGCUGAUUCCUCUGUUUGAGAAACUCAGCAAAGUCGAUUCUGUGUAUAGUGUAUUGUGCAAUUCAAAUAAUCCCCUCAACAACCAUCUUCAGCAGCAACAACAGCAGCAACAGCAACAACAACAGCAACAGCAGCAAAUUCUCCAGCAGACUCAUUUAACACAAUCACAUCAAAUGCAGAUGGUGCAACCAGCAUCAUCAACGACAUCUAUUAUCACUCAACAACAACAAUCCCAACAACCACAGCAACCGACCCAAGGAGUUCAGUCGCAGCAGCAACAGCUACAGCAACAACAACAAAUCGGAAGUCCGCCCAGUUUAAACGAUCUAAGUAAUAAAACGUAACAGUGGGAAUAUAUGUUUAUUAAUAUUUAAGUUUUAAAGCUUAAUUGUUUAUUUUUGUUUUAAAUGUAUGUUUUAGAAAUAUAAGACAAUAGCAAGAGGAAUACAAAAAAAAUAAAGAUACUGAAAAAUAUUUAAAAAAAAAAAUGAUAAAUGUAAGUCCAUUCAAAAAGUGACUAAACUAACUGCAUUCAAAAAAAAUUAUAUAAAAACAAAACGUACUCUUAAUUAUACAUUUUUAAUUUUACUUUUGUUUUAUUUCUAAUACACUUCAUAUAAAAUUAUUUAAAUAUCAAAUUUAUAUAUUGUGUGAUUUUUCCUUUAAGAAAAAAUCUCACAAAAAGAAAAACAACUAAAAAUACAUAAAUAUAUCUACAUAUAUAUCAAAACAAAAUUGCAAUUGCUGUUCAAAACAAACAAUUCAAAUAAUAUUUUAAAAAUAAGAAUAAUAAUUUAACGAGCGAAGCGAUAAAAAAUUUAAAUUAAAAAAAAAAAACUAAUCGACGUUGUAACAUGUUUUCAAUAUUUUUCUUUUUCUACAAAGAAAACCUUUAUAAAAAAAAACAAAAAAUAUGUAUUGAGAAAUAAUAAAGUAGCAUGUAAUAAUUUUUACUAAAAUGUGAACAUUAUGCAAAACAAUGUAUUACAUCCAUUCAUAAAAAAACAAAACAGAUAAACUUAAUUUAUUGUAAAUAUUUAUGUAGUAAUCUAUAUAUAUUAUGUAUGUUCGGUUUUCCUUUUGUUUUUCUUUUACUUUUUGUUAUGAAUGUAAAUAAUAACAUAAUCCAUAAGUUAAAAGAAAAAAACAAAAAAACAUUAAAAUUUAUAUAAAUAUAUCGAAAUAGUCUUGUAUUAAAAAAAUAUAUAUAUAAAUAACUUUUUUUUACCGACCACAAACAAAGGGAAAUUGUAAUUAAACAAAUAAAAAAAAGAAAAAAAUAUAUAUAUAUUAUAUUAAUUAAGGACACAAUGGGAAUAAAAUAUUUAUAUUUAUACUUAUACUAAAAAAAUAUACAAGUAUAUUAUACACAACAAAAACAAAAAAAAACUUUAAAACAAGUACCAAUUAUAGCUUAUCAACAUUUAACUAAAAAAGGAAAUUUUAUAUCAGUGUUUUCUAAAAAUGUUUUGUUUUUAAUUUCGAAUUCCAUUCACCAUUUUUAAAAAAUACACACAAUUGGUACAUGAAAUGUUUCUGUGUAAAAUACUAAAACACUUACCUAACACUCCUGAUAUUUCGCCGCCUUUUUCUCAAUCUCUCUUCAAACAAAAUAAAAUAAAACAACAUAAGAAAAGAAAUUAGAUAUUUUUACACGGAAUUUUUUAAGGAAUGAAAAGAGUGCUGUUUUUUAGAAUAUUCAGCCGAGAGGGAACUUAUGAAAGGAAGUAAAGCAACGUUUACAAAGUACAUAUAUAUUUUCGUUUAUUUACAAAACGAGAAUCUGAUUAUUAACAUUUUUAAAUUUUUGUUAAAAUUAAAAAACCCACAGAUCAUACACUCUGCCAUAAGAAAACAAAUUAUGCAUUUUAUUUUUAAUUUGUUGAAUUAUAAGUUAGUUAAUUUUACUCAAAAACAAAAAGAUUGUUAUUUAAAGAAAAAAAAAUAAAAGAGGAAAAACAUUGAAACACAAAAAACUAAGAGCGAUGCAAAAAUUAAUAAAGAAUUAAAACGUUAUAUACAUAUUAUUAUAAUUACACAUAUUAUAUUAUUAAUCAUACAGAAUAAAACAGAUGAAUGCAGAUCCUUAAUAAAUUAUUAAAUUAAUUUAUAAACAAAUAGUAAAAAAUUAAACAAAACAACAACAAACAAAUAUCCGCGAAUAGCUACGUGCUUAUUUAUAUCAUUUUUAUCAAUUUUAACAAAAAAAAAUUAUAACGCUUUUAUAAGAAAAACAAAAUGAAUUAAAUCUAUGUAUGUAAUAUUAAAUUAAACAAAAAGAAAAAUAUUAAAAAAAAA